AUGCCACGACCGGCACGACCCGAGAAAGUCCACUACUCCAGCUGCAGAAAAGAACCCACACAACCGCAAUCGGAAUCCAAAAUUGGUUUCGCACAACGCGCAUUUGCCAGCACCGCAACAGUGAAUGGCAUCCCCGUGGAGGUCCACAACGAAUCUGGGAGCAAGCGCGUCGUCGUGACCAAGUCACUGCCUGGAGACCGCUGGCUGCAGUACUUGGUAAACGCCGAUUGCCGCGUGGAGGUCUGCAAGCACACCGACAUCAUCCUCAGCAACGCAACCAUCAAGCAGCUUCUAGGCACAAAGUGUGAUGGCGUCAUUGGCCAGCUGACGGAGGACUGGGGCGCGGAGCUGUUCGAGGCUCUACGCCAGGCGGGCGGCAAGGCGUAUAGCAACUACGCCGUGGGCUACAACAAUGUCAAGGUGCAGGAGGCCACAAAGCGCGGCAUCCCGGUCGGCAACACACCUGGCGUGUUGACGGAGACCACGGCGGAGCUAGCAGCGGCGCUGACGCUGGCGGCCGCGCGCCGCGUGGUUGAGGCUGACACAUUCAUGCGCGGCGGCCACUACAAGGGCUGGUUGCCCAGCCUGUUUGUGGGCCAGCUGCUGCAGAACAAAACCGUGGGUAUUAUUGGCGCUGGCCGCAUCGGAGCCGCCUACGCCCGUAUGAUGGUGGAGGGGCACAAGAUGAACUUGGUGUACUACGACCCAUAUCCCAACAAGCAGCUGGAGGAGUACAUAAGGUUGUACGGCGAGCUGUUACGGCACCGUGGGGAGCCGCCAGUGGCGGCACGGCGAGUGGAGACAGUGGAGGAGGUGUUGCAGGAGGCUGAUGUCGUUUCCCUGCACUGCAACCUAGAUGACUCCACCAGGCACCUCAUCAACUCCCAGCGGCUGGCGCUGAUGAAGAAAGACGCGGUGCUGGUCAACGCGGCAAGGGGACCCUGCAUCGACGAGGUGGCGCUGGUGGCGCACCUGAAAGCCAACCCGGAUUUCCGGUGCGGUCUCGAUGUGUUCGAGGAUGAGCCCGCUAUGAAGCCGGGGCUGGCGGACUGCCCCAACGCAGUGAUCGUGCCGCACAUCGCCUCGGCGUCCAUGUGGACGCGCAGUGGCAUGGCGACACUUGCCGCCGCCAACGUGGCUGGUGUGCUAUCUGGCUUCCCUGUCUGGAACAAGAUAGACAUCCUGCCCUUUGUGGAGAAGCCCAUGGCCAGCGUGCCCCAAGCCUCCCCCAGCAUCGUGAACGCCAAGGAGCUGGGGCUCAAGCUGGUGGCAGAUGCGUAA